AUGUCUCCUCGUUCCGUUUAUCCAGACGGGUAUGAGCUUGUGUCGCGCUCCUCUUCCUACUCCGAAGGCACUUACAACCUAGACGACGGGGAUUUUGAGGCCCAGGCGCCGCGAGUCUCUCGGCUCGGACGCCGCAGAACCACCUGGCUACAGCAGUUAUUUCCUACAGUUUUCGCUGGCCCACCUCGCCGACAGCCACGCUCACGGCGCGUGGUCGCAACCCACUUGCGCCCGCCAUGCUUACCGCGAUUCUACCUCCGCCGCCGAUUUUUUUAUUACAUCCACGUUUUUUGGGGCAUCAUUCUAGCUCUCCUAAUCCUCACCGCGAUAUUUAAUCCUUCCUAUUCUCGCCCACCUCCUCAUUAUACCACUUUGCGAUCACUGGCUCAGAGAACGAACAAGGCUGGCCGUGGGAAUCCUCGAAACGAAAAGGUGUUUAUCGCCGCCAGUUUAUACGAUCGCAGCGGCGAACUCGCGGGAGGAGGAUGGGCUACACAACUUUUACAAUUGAUCGAUAUGUUAGGUGACGACAACGUCUUCGUGAGCAUUUACGAAAAUGACAGUGGCGCCGAAGGAGUAAGCGCUCUUCGCGGAUUCGAAAAGCAGCUCACUUGUCGCAAGUCCAUUAUUUUCGAAGAACACUUGGAUCCUCAAAGUCUAUCGACAGUUAUCGUUCCAGGGGGCGACAAUCGGGUCAAGCGUAUCGAAUACUUAGCUCAGGUGCGCAACAAAGCGCUGGAACCUCUUGAAGCCGACCCCGAUGUCCGCUAUGACAAGCUGUUGUACUUGAACGAUAUUAUGUUCGAUCCCAUCGACGCUCUCCAAUUACUCUUCUCUACAAAUGUUGAUACAGACGGUCGUGCCAAAUACCGCGCUGCGUGCGCUGUCGACUUUGACAACCCAUUCAAAUUCUACGAUACAUAUGCAACUCGAGACCUUCAAGGAUACAGCAUGGGUCUGCCCUUCUACCCUUGGUUCACUACUGCAGGCGGUGGCGAAAGUCGCAGAGAUGUUCAGGCAGGCAAGGAUGCAGUCCGCGUCCGCAGCUGUUGGGGAGGUAUGGUCGCAUUUGAUGCCAAAUAUUUCCAAAGUCCACUACCCGAAAGCUUCUCACCUGCUCGAUUCCGGUCAGCCUCUGAUUUAUUCUGGGACUCGUCUGAAUGUUGCCUCAUUCACGCCGACAUUCAAGAUCAUCCGAUCAAAGUGGAUGAUAUUGUUGAUACAGGAAUUUACAUGAAUCCUUUUAUCCGAGUGGCGUAUGACAGUCGUACAUUGUUCUGGCUGGGAAUCACGAAACGCUUUGAAAAACUCUAUUCCACAAUCCACAAUAUUGGCAAUCAUCUUGUCGGCAUGCCAUGGGACAAUCCUCGACGUACAGAAGUCCCUGGGCAAAGCGUGCCUGAGACCGUAUGGAUCGCUGAUGACCGUCAGAAUGGCGGUGGGUCUUUCCAGGUCAUCCACCGCAUUGCAGGUCACGAUGGAUUUUGUGGUCGCCCGGGCUUACAGGUAAUUGUGGAAAACCGCUUGCCUGGUCAGAAAGGCUUUGAACCCAUUCCUGCGCCGCCAUUGCCCUAG